UUAUCACAAGAGAAACACAGAGCUAGAGUGAUAUCCAAUUUGCUUCAGUUGCCAUGGCCUCAAUGCAGUGCUUCAAGCCCAAAUACGAAAGUUGUCAGCAAAAAUGCCACGAAAGCUCGAAUGGGCACAAGGUGGCUGAUACGAGUAGCUGCGGAAUGAAAGGAAAUCACCAUGGAGGCUAUGGCUAUGGAAUGGCCAAUAGUGAGAGUUACAAGCAUGGCCAAACCCAUGCCUACAACCCAGACCACAACAUGGCUAAAACACAGGCUCAGUAUUAUGGUCAAAUCCAGAGCCACCACCCAGACCACACCAUGUCCAAAACUCAUGAGACUCAUAAGUACCAUAGCCAAACCAAUGGUCUUGGUCACCCCUCUGACCACCACGCCAUGGCCCAUGCUAAUUAUGGCCAUGGCCAAGCCAAUGGUCACCAUGCAUCUCAAGGCAUCAGCAUGGCUUGCCAGAUGAAGACUGAGAAGAAAAUGAAAGAAAAUCAUGCAUCUCAUGGCACCAGUAUGGCUUGCCAAAUGAAAAGUGAGAAGAAAAUGAAAGAAAUUAAGGGGUCUGAGUAUAAGAAGGAGAAGAUUUCGUACAAGAAGAAGUCCAAGUCAAGCAAGAAGAGCUGCAGUGACAACGAUAGCAGCAGCGGAAGUGACAGCGACUAAACAUGAGUCAUGACAGGGCUGGCGGAGCACUUAUCUGAGAUCAGACCAAAUGGAGGUGCAUGCAUGCCUAGCCAUAUAUAUAAUAAAUAAAGAAGAGAGUAAUAAGAAUCGAAGCCCACUGAACGGGGCUUCAUGAAUAUUAUGUACUCUUAUGUAAGAAUUAUCUAUUAUGGUGUUUAAUAAUAAGUAUGGUGUUUAAUAA